AAACAUAACAUAAAAAAGAGAAGGCUAAUUUAAUUUUCGUAUAAAUACCUGCGGCGCAUAGUUGAACAACAAGUUUAAGAACCCUUUUGCGACGAAUAAUUGGGUUACGACAUCAAUCUUUCGUUUCCCCCUUCUCCAAUACACCCAAUUUCUUGCAAAAAUCAACCAUCCAUCUUCACCAAUUUCUUCCAGGACCAAAGAUCCAACCUUUAAUUCGAAGAAAGAAAGAUGGGCCUUAAACGCCUCCUUAAUCAGGCCUCAAGGCAACAAUUGCAAUCGACGUUGUUAAAAAACCUGUAUACCAGACCAUAUAAUCUCUCUCAAAAGGUCAUAGCUGAUGCAGUCUACAAGCUUCCAAAUGCCCAAAGAAGGUUUCAAUCUAGUUAUGUGGGCAGUCUGGGAAGGAGAUUGCGUGAACGUGACGCAGAUAGAGCAAGUGAUGCAUCGUCCUUUAGGGAGCUUUACCAUAGAAAUGAUCCUGAGGCUGUUAUAAGGUUAUUUGAAAGCCAGCCUUCUAUGCACUCGAAUCCUGCAGCACUUAAAGAGUAUGUCAAAGCUCUGGUCAAAGCUGAUAGAUUGGAUGAAAGUGAGUUGCUCAAGACAUUGCAAAGAGGAAUGGCAAGCUCCAGGAAACCAGCUUAUGAUGAAGAUAUGAUUGGUAGCCUUUCAGCCCUUAAAAAUGUUGGAAAAUCUACAAAAGAGGGUGUAUUAGGAACUGCUGCUGCUCCUAUUCAUAUGGUGGCUACUGAAGGUGGACAUUUUAAAGAACAAUUAUGGCGCACAGUUCGCGCUUUAGGCAUGGGCUUUCUACUAAUUUCUGGUGUUGGAGCACUCAUCGAGGAUAGAGGAAUCACUAAAGCAGGAUUAGGCCUUCACGAUGAGGUGCAACCGAGUAUGGAAUCCAGCACAAAGUUUAGUGAUGUGAAGGGGGUAGACGAAGCAAAAGCCGAGCUUGAAGAAAUCGUUUACUAUCUUCGAGACCCUAAGCGGUUCACACGUCUUGGUGGGAAGCUACCGAAAGGUGUAUUGCUUGUGGGACCACCCGGGACCGGCAAAACCAUGUUAGCCAGAGCCAUAGCAGGAGAAGCAGGUGUUCCAUUUUUCUCAUGCAGUGGAAGUGAAUUCGAAGAAAUGUUCGUUGGUGUUGGGGCCCGCAGGGUUCGAGAUCUUUUUGCCGCAGCAAAGAAAAGGUCACCGUGCAUAAUUUUCAUAGAUGAAAUUGAUGCAAUUGGAGGAAGCCGAAACCCUAAAGACCAGCAGUACAUGAAGAUGACUUUGAAUCAGUUGCUUGUUGAAUUAGACGGGUUUAAACAAAACGAGGGCAUUAUUGUAAUUGCAGCAACCAACUUCCCUCAGUCACUGGAUAAGGCCCUCAUUAGACCGGGGCGGUUUGACCGCCGUGUGGUGGUUCCUAAUCCGGAUGUCGAAGGCAGGAGGCAGAUAAUGGAAUCUCACAUGUCAAAGAUUUUGAAGGCUGAAGACGUUGAUUUGAUGGUUGUUGCCAGAGGAACUCCUGGGUUUUCAGGUGCUGAUUUGGCAAAUUUGGUAAACGUGGCGGCUCUCAAGGCGGCAAUGGACGGUGCAAAAUCUGUAAGCAUGGCUGAUUUAGAAUACGCUAAGGACAAAAUCAUGAUGGGUAGUGAACGCAAAUCAGCAGUUAUAUCAGACGAGGUUCGUAAGCUAACAGCGUACCAUGAAGGCGGUCACGCCCUGGUGGCCCUACACACCGAUGGGGCCCACCCUGUACACAAAGCCACCAUUGUUCCGAGAGGUAUGGCUCUUGGAAUGGUGGCCCAGUUGCCUGAGAAAGAUGAAACGAGUGUUUCUCGUAAAGAAAUGCUGGCCCGCCUUGAUGUUUGUAUGGGCGGGCGAGUUGCAGAAGAGUUGAUCUUUGGUGAAGACGAAGUUACAUCCGGUGCAUCUUCCGAUCUUGAACAAGCUACCCGUCUCGCACGAGAAAUGGUCACUAAAUACGGUAUGAGCAAGGAAAUCGGUGUCGUGGCUCAUAAUUACGACGAUAACGGUAAAAGCAUGAGUACCGAAACACGACUUCUUAUCGAAAAAGAAGUCCGAGAAUUAUUGGAAAAAGCGUAUAAUAACGCCAAGAAUAUCCUCACGACGUACAGCAAAGAACAUCACGCGCUCGCUAACGCAUUGCUUCAACACGAGACAUUAUCCGGGAAACAAAUUAAAGAACUUCUUGCUCAACUGAACACACCAGUUCAACAGCAGGAGCAACAGCUGGUUGCACCUAAACCGGUACCGCCGUCAACACCAAACCCUGCAGCAGCAGCUGCGGCUGCAGCGGCUUCUGCUGCCGCUAGUGCUGCAUCUGCCGCCAAAGCGAAGACAAAAGGUAUCGCUCCGGUGGGGUCUUGAUGAUAAAUGGUGUAGGGAUAUAAUUAUGGGACCAAUGUGCAUAUAAUGUUUGUUCUUUAUGGCUGUCACUGAAUGUGGUGAUUUUGAACAUGAAGAGAAGUAAUAGGGUAUCAAAGGGGCAGCAAAAUGUAGCGGUUAUGUUAUGUUGUGUUGUGUUUUUUUUUUAUAUAAAUGUUGAAUUUUCUGUUUAUUUUUAUGGAUACAGUUGAGAAUAUUGAGUCUUUGUUGUCAUCGAUGAUAAAUUGGUUGACUUCUAACUAAA